CUUUUUUCAUCACCAUUUUGUUCUGAUCUCUCUGGUUUCCUCUUCACCGUUUCCGUUCCCCGCCAAAGGAAGAGAAGCUGAGGGCUCACGCCUCUCUCCCUUGAUUCCCACCGCCGGCGCCCCUCAGUGGGGUUUCUGACUAGAAUUCUGAGGGUUUCCCUGAGAAGGUUAUGGCCAAUACUGCGUGCUUUAUCAUUGUUAGCAGGAAUGACAUUCCCAUCUAUGAAGCUGAAGUUGGCUCUGCACAAAAGAAAGAAGAAUCUGCACAGCAGCAUCAGUUCAUCUUGCAUGCAGCUCUGGAUAUUGUUCAAGACCUUGCUUGGACUACAAGUGCCAUGUUCCUGAAGGCGGUGGACAGAUUCAAUGACUUGGCUGUGUCCGUAUAUGUCACUGCUGGUCAUACUAGACUGAUGCUGCUUCAUGAUUCCCAUAAUGAAGAUGGAAUUAAAAGUUUCUUUCAGGAGGUGCAUGAGCUAUAUAUUAAGAUUCUUCUUAAUCCCUUGUAUAUACCUGGAUCUCGCAUAACUUCUUCACACUUUGACACUAAAGUUCGGGCACUUGCGAGGAAAUAUCUAUAGCAUGUGCCGUUUUUUUCCCCUUCCGCCCCUUCCAGAUUGUUUUGGAAAAGCUUACUGACAAAGAGGCCAAGUGUCCUCUUGAAUGUUCUUAGUCAUGCCCGAUCAUUAUGCUCGUGUACAUCUCCCUUAUUUUCAUGUAUAGGGCAUUUCCUUUCACUGUGAGUUAGGAGGGCAGUUCUUUGCUUGUUUUGUCUACAGCAUUUUUUGAAAUGAAACAAAGUGUAAAGUGUACUUAAUGUACUGUCGCCCUUUAAUGGUGGUUCCGUUCAAGGAUGCUCCCUUCCACUCCAGAAGAGUGCUAUCCAUCACUAUUCACGUGUCACUCACAACACACCUGUUUCUUUUUUUGGGUAAAAGAGAUGAUCAAAUGAGACAUUAUAUAAUGGUUUGACUAUCUUUCUUGAUU